UUCUGCAAUAGAUGGAUUCGGGGACUGUCACUCUCAGACCAUUCAGGGUCAGCGAUGUGGAUGACUUCAUACUAUGGGCAGGCGAUGAUCAAGUCACUCGAAACAUCCGGUGGAAGACCAUCACCUCUAAGGAGGAAGCCUUGACGUUCAUUAAAGAAGUCUGCAUCCCCCACCCCUGGCGUCGAUCCAUAUGUAUAGAUGACCGCUCCAUCGGCUUUGUUUCGGUCUACCGGUGGUCGGGCAACGAAAUAUGUAAGGCGGACAUAGCGUAUGGGAUAGCUGCAAAGUACUGGGGACAAGGGAUUACCACCAAAGCAGUGAAGAUGGCUGUAUCAGAGGUGUUUAAGGACUUCCCUGAUCUGGUAAGGCUGCAGGCAUUUGCUGCAGUAGAGAAUAAGGCCUCUCAGAGGGUGUUGGAGAAAGCUGGGUUCACCAAGGAGGGUUUGCUCAGGAAGUACACAUUUCUCAAGGGCCAACUGAAGGAUUUGGUGAUAUAUAGUUUCUUGUCCACUGACAUAACCGUGGCCGUGGAUGACAAACUACUCUAAGAAAAUCAGUAUUAAUCCCCCCUAAAGUAGUUUUAGUUUGUGUGCUUGAAUGCCAACACAAAAUCUGCUGUUUCUCCUCGUUUUCUUUUUGUCCUUUGUUUUUUCACUGUCGUUUAAUUCUGCUGCUAUUAAAAGGUAGUGCUCGUAUCAUAUUUGGAAAUUGAACGUUAAUAAUGCAUUUCUUCAUGGUA